AUGGUCCGCAUUUCAGUCCUGGUGAGUUCAGCAAUCUGCGCCUAAAGGUCGAUGCGAAUUUGCGAAAUUGACUCUCAACCAUCACGUACAGAACGACGCGCUCAACAGCAUUGUCAACGCAGAGCGCAAGGGAAAGCGCCAAGUGCUCCUCAGGCCGUCUUCCAAGGUCACCAUCAAGUUCUUGAGCGUCAUGCAACAACAUGGUGAGCACACAAUGCGGAGCACUCGACUUGGCGACGAGCACGCAUGUACUCCUCAGCCUCGGGCUUGUAACUGUUGGGCGAUCGGCCGGGCCGCGAUUCACACUCGCGUCUCGAUUCUCCCCACCGGUGCUCAUCUUUAAGAGCCCGGCAGAGCAAAGCUUGCUCGAGCCCUUUGGGCCGGGCGCUUGCACUAGCGAGCUUCCAUUCUAUCUUCGAAUGGGCAGCUUGCCGGCACUCAGCUACAUGGCCAGCCCAGUCGCUCUCGAAUCGAAAGCUGACUGGAGACUAUAAUUGAUCUUGUUUGCAGGGUACAUCGGCGAGUUCGAGAUUGUUGACGACCACAGAUCAGGCAAGAUUGUCGUGCAGCUCAACGGAAGAAUCAACAAGGCUGGUGUCAUCUCUCCCCGAUUCAACGUCCCCCUCUCCAGGAUUGAGGGCUACGCCUCCAACUUGCUCCCCAGCCGUUCCGUCGGACUUGUCAUCCUCACCACCUCGGCUGGUAUCAUGGACCACCACGAGGCCAGGCGCAAGCACGUCGGUGGAAAGAUUCUCGGGUAUGUAGCAUGCGUUUGUGCAGCAGACGUAAGCAUGGAUUGUCGGACUGACGAUUGGAUUCGGCUACUCCAACUCUUUUGCAGAUACGUCUACUAA